AUGAUGGUUGAAAAUAACGAUGGAUGUGAUUUUAGACAAGACUUAGUAGUAUCCAAAAACUGUGUUAAUCCCUGCUGUCGUAGAGUGGCAAAUCACGCUUCUCAGCUAAUACGAGCCGGAGUCGCAUUGAAAUCUUUGCUUAUCCAGCAGUCCCACCAGCAGGAAUCUCUUGGCUCUCAACAACAAUAUGAAAAUAUCAAUAGAACUGUUGCUUUUUCUCGUGCCGAUUAUGCGGCUUUGCAACGUCAGGUCGAAGCUGGUCUGACAUAUCAGAGAGAAGUGCAACAACUCCGCCGGGAGGAAACAAUAGAAAACUACAGGAAACUCAUAAAUGAUGGGAAUGCCUUUCGAGAUGAGCUCAGAAAUGAGCUGAAUCUCGCACGAAAAUCUGCUUCUAUUGCUCGCGCUAAUCUUGAGGAGGAGAGAAGAAAUCAGAGUCGAACUUUAGCACCUGUCAACCCUCCUAGUUCUUCUGAACCCAAUCGUUGGCUAGAAGUCUAUAAGCAAGAAAAUGUUAAGCUACGCGAGUCAGUUCGAGUCCUUACCGAAAAGGAGAUGAAUCUCGAAUCAACAGUAGGAAAAAUUAAGGCAUAUGUAGAGGAAGAACUAGAGAGACUGAUCCAAUCAAAAGGCCGCAAAUUGGAAAGAACCUUUUUUGGACCCUGGUUUAUGGGUCUGGUAGGUCUUCUUGGUGUCCCCUGUCCUUCAACCCUCGAAUACUAUCUCACUACUCCCUCCUCUCCUCCACUACAUUCGCCCCCAAUCAUUAGAAACGAUCAGCAAACUGGAAAAUGCUCUCGCUCAAUGACUCAUGAAGAAAGAACCUCCUCAACUUUUCAAACCAUUCUCAAUGACUUGGAGGAAUUUAUGCCCAGUAAGGAAUCUAAUUCAGAGCUCCCUGUCAAGAAAAAAAAGGACCGAAAGAAACGGCAAAUUUCCUCUAUUCAAACAUCCAUAGGGAGGAAACGAAGUCGAGGAGAGAGGAAUAAGCCUACACGAGGGGAAAGAAGACAUUUGUCACUUUCAUCGUCGUCAGAUUCAUCUAUUGUGGAGGAUGCGCCGGUUUAUAAGAGACCGAAAAGAAGACGAAGGGGGGAAGUGAUGGUAUCAGAAUCUCAUUCAUCAGCUGUAAAUACUUCAAAAAAAUCCUUUUCUUCUCCUGCUUCACAGGGUCUCGGAGACACGAAUGGCAAUGUUCUGCUCUUGGUGCAACGUCUUGUAGGAUUUUUUGACACUGCUAAGUUGGUUUAUCCAUCAAACGAUGCCUUUUAUUCAGCUACAGAGUCGGAUUUUGAAGAUGUUCUUCCCUCCAAGCAACAAGACAGCGUUGAUUUGGACGAAGUGGAACCUUCUUUAGCUCCUACAAUUGCCACAUCUCCAGUUGCUCAACGUGUCCAUGGAGGCUUGCCUCCAAUUGAUGCGUUUUUCUCCAACUUGGAUGAAGACUCUCCAGAUGAAAAUGAAACAGAGACGAAUAAAUCUCACUCCGCUGAUUCUAGAGGCUCGAAGGAAGAGCAGAGGCCUUCUUCUUCGGAUUCACUUUCUGAGGUGCAAAAUCCUGGAGAAAAUAAAUCCACUGAGGAUACAAUUACUUUAGCAAUGUUUGAUUCAAUUAUGGGAGCCCUUUAA